AUGACAUCAACUGAACAGACACCUGACGCUAUAACCAUAAAUAACCACACAACAAGUGGUAAUCAAAAUAACAACGGUACACAAAUAGCAAAUAUGGCGUCGUAUGACUCUGUAAUAGAAAGUGUAGAAAAACUCCUACCCGUUUUUACAGGAAAGCAAGAAGAAUUAAGUUCUUUCUUGCGACGAUUGAAUUUGUAUAGCAAGAAGAUUAGAGACGAAGACAAACAAGAGUUCUUAGAGCACAUCGUAGAUUGCAAACUCAAUCACAAUGUGAAGAUAAGAGUUUCGCCAGUAGGUUUUCCAACUUCAAUGGAAACAUUGGUAGAGAAACUCAAGUCAAUUUACAUACCGAAAGACACAGUUCCAAUUCUCUUACAAAAAAUAAGUGAAAUUAGGCAAGGCCACAACCAGUCGAUCACGGAAUAUAGUGAUAAAAUGGCCAAACUAUUGUCAGACCUAAAUACAGCGUCUCUAUUAAAGAGAAAUUAUAGCCCAACCUCGCCACAAGCUGAAGGGAUGCUAGCAACUAACGAAGAGAAUGCAUUACUGGCAUACAAAAAAGGCCUUAAUACAACAUAUUCGCAAGCUGUACAGAUGUCACAGCCCAAAACUUUCCAGGAAGCGAGAGAAAUCGCUGAAAGUUUACUUUUCACUGAACAGAACCAAAGAAUGCUAUACUACCGUGGUAACACGCCAAAUGGCAAUAGACCAAAUGGCAAUAGACCAAAUGGCAAUAGACUUAUUGGCAACUGGUCCAAUAAUUAUAACAAUUAUAAUAAUAAUAAUAACAAUCGAAAUAACCGGUACCAUAACGGAAACAACCGAUAUAACAAUAGAAAUACAUAUAAUAAUAGUGGUCAAAGAAAUCACAACAAUCAAAUUACCCACAAUGAACAACAAAUAACUAUUCCCAUAUCAUAUAAACCAAUUGUUCUACAAGCAAGAACAGAACAUAUAUUACCUAUAGACAUGUAUUUCGAUGAUGAUACAUUGUUGAUUUCUCAAGAAAUUGACAAAG